CGCUCAGCUGUGGCCACAGCUAACCAACUUUCAGUCAUGAAGCUCUUGGUGUUUGUGAUCCUUGCGGCUGCCGCUUGCGCUUCUGAGAUUGAGAAGCGAGAUGCGGAGCCCAGUUACGUGACGAGCAAUUACGGUAGUGCUUACCCUGCAUACAUUCACCGUUACCACAAUGGAAAGAGGUCUGCCGAACCAGAGCCUGAACCAUCAUACCAAAUUUAUUCCUCCGGCCUUCGAAAUGGUUAUGACCACCAUUACUACAAGAGGUCUGCCGAACCAGAACCUGAACCAACUUAUCCUGUCUACUACGCUCCCAGUCACAGUUAUGGCCGCCAUUUCUACAAGAGGUCUGCCGAACCAGAGCCGGAACCAUCGUAUCCUGUCUUCUACGCUCCCCGUGACAGUUAUGGUCCCCAUUUUUACAAGAGGUCUGCUGAUCCUGAACCAUCCUACUCAGUCUUUUCUAAUUAUGGUUACCUGCCAUUAAACCAUUAUAGUCACCACUAUUACUAGAUUUCUGCUGAUUUAAAUGACACCAUCUCUACUUACAUUUAGGCCUACGGGAAUCAAACUAUAUGGUACACCAUCUCAACAAUAAUUUUCAGACUACGAGGCCUACAUGACAAUCAAUUGCAAAGAUCGCACUCAUCGCCAGGAUUACUAUCAUUAUGACAUCCAUGAGCUGAAAUACACAUUAAAUUAUUUAACAUGUUUAAUGUUGUUUUGUUGAGUGUUAUGUUGUACAGCAAAGAAAUAAAUCUAUAUAAUAAU